UUCUGUUACCUGCUGCUGUCUGCCAUAACAGCACAUAUAACACCCGUGUUGCUCUUCAACAUGACCACCGUCAUCAGGGUUCAAGACCGCGAUACAGUGAGCAACAGACCGAUUAUACAAGAUGAUAAACCGCCCUCAAUGGGAUGCUUUGGCUGGUUAAUUAUCAUCAUCGCCAUUAUUAUCACCAUUGGUUUACUUCCCAUUACAAUAUUUAUGUGCAUCAAGAUUGUGCAGGAGUAUGAAAGGGCCGUGAUCUUUCGAUUAGGUCGUAUUUUGGACAAAAAACCAAAAGGACCAGGAAUUUUCUUUGUGCUGCCAUGUACCGAUUCGUUCAUGAAGGUGGACUUGAGAACUGUGACAUUUAAUAUUCCUGCUCAAGAGUUUUUGACGAAGGACUCCGUGACGGUGAAUGUGGAUGGUGUGGUGUACUUCCGUGUGUUUGACCCAAUCUGCUCUGUGGCCAACGUGUCAAAUGCAAAUCAGGCCACACAACUUUUGGCUCAGACCACCCUGAGAAAUGUGCUCGGAACAAAGAACCUGUCCGAGCUACUGUCUGACAGAGAGGGCAUCUCAAACAGCAUGCAGAUUGCGUUGGAUGAGGCUACUGGUGUGUGGGGUAUUAAAGUUGAGCGAGUGGAGAUAAAGGACGUUAAACUGCCUAUCCAGCUCCAGAGAGCCAUGGCUGCAGAAGCUGAAGCAUCUCGAGAAGCCCGAGCCAAGGUGAUUGCAGCUGAGGGCGAGAUGAAUGCAUCACGUGCACUAAAGGAAGCAUCUCUGGUGAUCGCAGAGUCGCCGUCAGCACUUCAGCUGAGAUACCUCCAGACUCUAAGCACCAUAGCAGCUGAGCGAAACUCCACCAUUAUCUUUCCACUGCCCAUUGAUAUCAUUCACCAUUUCACAUCCAAAAGAAACUAAACUGUCCAUUUUAUGUUUUA